AGACUAGUGUUGAAAGCGAGAAGUAAGGGAAGAGUUGGGUAUUCCGUUAAAUUGGUAGCGAAUCAAACGUUGUAUCAUUCCUUCCCCUUUUUUGUUUUCAUUCCAUCCACCUUUGAGUUUGUUUUUGCGCCCAAAUAAUAGUGAAACUAAACAAAAAAAGAACCUUUUUUCUUCUUUGUUCUCUCUAAUUUAUUCGAUUUACUUUCUACUAUUGCUGCCACUCUUGCUCCUUCUUGAUUUUGGGUUGGCCUCAGCCUACCCCCACUGCCUCUAUUGAUUUUACUCCCUUAUUAGAAUCACCCCUUUUCUAGUUUUUCGCAGAUUCUCCAUUCAGUGAUUGAAUUCCAAUAAUGAUGGAGAAGGGAGAUUCUUCACAGAAACUGUAUAAACGGAUGCGACUUUGGGAAUUUCCAGACCAAUAUGUUGUUGAGCCUACUGAUGGAUCCUCUGGUUCAUGUUUGGAAAUCAGUCGUGUGGAUGGGUCGAUGAAACUAAUAGAUGAGAUACCACAUUGCAGUUCACUUCGUGUUCCCAAAAUUCGGACAAUUUUUGGAGUUAUUGGGAUAUUAAAGCUUUUGGCAGGAUCAUAUUUAUUGGUCAUAACAGAACGUGAAAGUGUUGGAUCUUAUAUGGGACACCCUAUCUUUAAAGUUUCAUCAAUGAAGGUUUUCCCUUGUGAUCAUUCUCUCAAGAACACUCCUGUUGAACAGAAAAAAAUGGAAGCUGAGUUUUCUGCCCUGCUAAAUGUAGCAGAAAAGACUCCUGGUCUGUACUUUUCUUAUGAUGUCAAUAUAACAUUGAGUGCUCAGCGAUUGCAUGAUUUGGGUGAUGAAUCCAAGUUGCUUCCUCUAUGGAGACAAGCAGACCCUCGGUUUCUUUGGAACAACUAUAUGAUGGAAGUGCUAAUAGAUCACAAGCUCGACCCCUUCCUGCUUCCAGUUGUCCAAGGCAGUUUUCACAACUUUCAAGCAGCAAUUGGGAAAGACAUUGUUGAUGUUACACUGAUUGCAAGGAGGUGUAAUAGGAGAACUGGCACUCGAAUGUGGAGAAGAGGUGCUGAUACUGAUGGAUUUGUUGCAAAUUUUGUGGAAAGCGAGCAAAUUAUACAGCUGAAUGGAUGUACUGCAUCAUUUGUUCAGGUCAGAGGAUCAAUCCCACUACUGUGGGAUCAGAUUGUUGAUUUGACAUAUAAACCUAAGUUUGAGAUUGUGAGACUUGAAGAAGCACCUAGAGUAGCUGAGAGACACUUUUUGGACCUCAGAAAGAAAUACGGAAAUGUUCUAUCAGUUGAUCUUGUCAACAAGCAUGGAGGAGAAGGGCGUUUGAAUGAAAAGUUUGCCAAUGCAAUGCAGCAUGUUGAUGGUGAUGAUGUAAGAUACUUGCACUUCGAUUUUCACCAUAUAUGCGGGCAUGUUCAUUUUGAGCGGCUUUCUAUCCUUUAUGAUCAAAUUGAGGAUUUCUUCAUAAAGAAUAGGUACUUUUUGUUGAAUGAGAAAGAUGAAAAAGUUGAGGUGCAACUUGGAGUUGUGAGGACCAACUGCAUUGAUUGCUUAGACCGAACAAAUGUCACCCAGAGCAUGCUUGGUCGCAGAAUGUUGGAAUUCCAACUCAGAAGACUUGGUAUUUUUGAUGCUGAAGAAACUAUAAGCACACACUCCAACCUUGAUGAGAGCUUCAAAAUAUUGUGGGCCAACCAUGGGGAUGAUAUAAGCAUACAGUAUUCUGGUACUCCAGCCCUAAAGGGAGAUUUUGUCAGAUUUGGUAAGAGAACAGUCCAAGGAAUAGUCAAUGAUGGUCGCAAUGCCCUAAUGCGAUACUACUUGAACAACUUUGUUGAUGGCACAAAACAGGAUGCAAUCGAUCUAAUGCAAGGACAUUACAUUAUGUCUGUCUCCCGAGAUAUGACGGCGACAUCGCAGAAAGGAGGAAUUGAGGCUAUAGCUUCAUUUCCUCUUGCCUUGGGACUGAUUUUGACUGGCCUAUUUUUUGCUACCUUGUCACUGGGGAGAGUUCAGAAUGAUGUUUGGAACCUAUUAUUUUCACUGAUUUGGGCAAGCAUAAGUUUGGCCAUAGCUGCACUUGUGAAGGCCAAUGGUCGCAUGUUCUGUAACAGGCCUCGCCUGCACCAGUCAAGGCGUUAAUUUAUAAGUUUAAGAUACUGGAUUAGUUGCCAUAUUUGCUGAAGUUGCUAGCUUUGCUAGUCAACAUAUUCAUUUACUUUUGUAUUCUUGGUGAGGAAUCACACUGCAAUGGAUUGGCUAUAGAUUUUUUUUCUUGUUUUUUACCACUUGUGCUUUCAUGUCAUAACUUCGAUCAUUUCAUUUCAGAGGGUUUAGCUAUGAAUGAUUGUUUAUAGAUUGGAAUUUUGGUCCAAUAAUACUUUGUGAAGUCAUACGAAAGAAAUUUAACUUUGGCCUCGACGUAGGCCAGUGUAAUUUCUGC